AUGCAUUUCUCUGCCACGGCCCUCAUUGCCCUCUCCUCCCUCGGCCUGACUUCGGCUGCUCCCUUUGCGGGGCCCGAGGAGGACCUGUAUGGUCGCUCAACCAGCUACGAGAUUGUCAACGUUGGCGGCGAGUCCAGCUCUGCUGCUCCUGAAUUGGAUACUGUGACUGAGACUGUCAAGUCUGUUGUGACGACUCCCGGCGCUGUACCCGUGCCCGUCACCGUCACCGUCACUGCCACUCCAUCCAGCAUCCCCUUCUCAUCUGCCGCUCCUAGCUCCACUCCUCACGGUUUCGCUCCUGGUGGCUCGUCCUUCUUCCCUCCCGGCUCGGGCUUCCUCCGCCGCGGUCUGAACGCCGCUGGUGAUCCCUACUACAUCGCCCGCAGCUACAGUUCCUCUAGCUCGGCGGCCGCUUCUAGCACUUGGAGCCCUGUGCCAACUCCUCCUCUCGCUGCCCGCGGCGACCACGGCUGGUACACCGUCACUGUUUCCUCUACUCCUUCGUCCUCGAGCGCGAGCAUGUCCACCCCUCUCGUCGCUCGUCAGUUCGGCGGCUGGAACCCGAGUGUUCCUGCCUUCUCGUCGGCCACCCCCUCUAGCAUGAGCGUGCCCGUCUCCGCUACCCCCCUCGUUGCGCGCGAGUGGCCCGUCUCCUCGUCCAGCGUGUCCGUUGUGCCCAGCAUGUCCUGGGUCAAGCGUCAGGCUGCCCCUUCCUCUAGCACUCCCCUUGUUGCUCGCGAGUGGCCUGCUCCUACCUCCUCCAGUGCUGCCUGGAGCUUCACUCCCACUCCCACUCCCACUGUCUUGGCUCGCCGCGCCAUUCGUGAGCAGGCUUGGUCCAGCGCCUCCUCGGCCCCUAGUUCCAGCUACUCCCUCUCGUCUUCGGCCACCCCCUGCUUUACUAAAGUAGUGAAGACCUGCAACAUCAAGAACAAAUUUCCAUCAAAUGAUGAGAUCUUCGACCAAUGA